GCGCGAAAUGGUAGAGAAGGGGAGAGCGCCUUGGCGAGGGGGGUGCGGGCGAAAAGAGAGCAGAAGUCAUGUGAUACAGGAGGGAAGCUCCACCCCACCCAGGCGAGAACACCCCCCUUCCCCAACCCCAUCCCCCCCCCCCUCCGAAAGCCGGCCCCCCCCCCCCCCCCCUCCUCCUCCUCCUCCUCCUCCUCCUCCUCCUCCUCCUCCUCCUCCUCCUCCUCCUCCUCCUCCUCCUUCCCCUCCCCCUCCUCCUCCCGAGAGAGGGAGAGAGGCCGUCGAAGGGGCGGCCGAGCGGCCGAGGAGCGGGACGGCAACGGCAUCCCGUGCUUGUGGUUCCCGGCCCCGAGCGCGGCCACGGUGCUGCUCUUCUUCCACGCGAACGCCGAGGAUUUGGGUAUGACGCACUCGCUCUUGAAGCACCUUUGCGACCAGUUCAUGGUGAACGUGCUGGGCGUCGAAUAUCCAGGCUAUGGCCUCCUGCGCGACAUGGCCCCCAGCGAGGAGGGGGUCCAGGAGGUUGCCCUGACGGUGCUCCGGUACCUGGUUGACCACGUCGGCGUGCGGGAGGGGCGGGAGGCAGCUGGCCGAGGGGCAGAGGCGCCGGCAGAGCACGACACCGCCGAGGCAGGGGCCGAGGGCUGGAUGGAAGUGAACCCACAGACUGGGCAUGGAAUGGCUCAGAACUGGUCAUACGUAGUAUUGAAAAACAUCAUCUGCAGCGGGCCGGCUGUUUUCCUUGCGUCGAAGUACCCGUUGGGUGGACUCAUUUUGGUCUCGCCCUUCUGCUCCAUCAAGGCAGCAAUGCACAACAUAGUUGGGCGCGCAUUCGCGUGGCCCUUUGCGGAGCGUUUCUCGAACUACAAGUUGAUCGGGAACGUGUCGUGCCCAACGUUGUUUAUCCACGGUGAGGCCGACGCACUCGUGCCGGCCGAGCACUCGCUGCGCCUCUUCGAGAGGUGCCGUGCCCGGAAGCUUCUGGUCAUGCCGCCUACCAUGGAACACAACUCGCACCUCUUCAGUGACUCCCACUGCAAAGCGCUAGGAUACAGAGUGGCAGGGGCAAUGAACAUGGCACCUAGAGGAGGGCGACAUGGAGAGAAAGAGAGAGAGAGAAGGAUGUAG